AUGCCUGGACUCCAAGAGCAUCCGCUGGCCGCCGACGACACAAGAGUGCUCGGCCAGGAUCCCCUCAUCCCCCCGGCCCUGCUCACCUCCGAGAUCCCCGUGCCGGACGAGGCCCUCCGCACCGUGGUCAGGGGCCGAAACGAUGCCGCCGAGAUUGUCCUGGGUCGCAGUGACCGCCUCUUGGUCGUCGUCGGCCCCUGCUCCAUCCACGACCCCGAGGCGGCCCUCGAGUACGCCGGCCGCCUCAAGGACCUGUCCGACAAGCUGUCCGACGACCUGUGCAUCGUCAUGCGCGCCUAUCUCGAGAAGCCUCGCACCACUGUCGGCUGGAAGGGCCUCAUCAACGACCCGGACAUGGACUCGUCCUUCCGCAUCAACAAGGGCCUGAGAGUCUCCCGCCAGAUGUUCGUCGACCUCACAGCCAGCGGCAUGCCCAUUGCCAGCGAGAUGCUCGACACCAUAUCUCCCCAGUUCCUGGCCGACUGCAUCUCGGUCGGCGCCAUCGGGGCCCGCACCACCGAGUCCCAGCUGCAUCGCGAGCUUGCCUCUGGCCUGUCCUUCCCCGUCGGCUUCAAGAACGGCACCGAUGGGAACCUGGGUGUGGCCAUUGACGCCAUUGGUGCCGCCGCGUCCAAGCAUCACUUUAUGGGUGUCACCAAGCAGGGCCUGGCAGCCAUCACGCGGACCAAGGGCAACGAGCACGGCUUCGUCGUCCUUCGCGGCGGCACCAGGGGCCCCAACUACGACAAGGAGAGCGUCCAGGCCGCCAAGAAGUUGCUCAAGGACAAGGGCCAGAAAUUGGCCAUCAUGAUUGACUGCUCUCACGGGAACUCGCUCAAGGACCACAACAACCAACCAAAGGUCGCAAAGGCCAUCAGCGACCAGCUGCGUGAAGGCGAAGAGGUCAUCAUCGGCGUCAUGAUUGAAUCCAACCUCCACGAGGGCAACCAAAAGAUGCCCGCCGAGGGCCCGGCUAAACUGAAGCGCGGCGUCAGCAUCACUGACGCUUGCAUCAACUGGGAGAACACCGUCACCGUCUUGGAAGACCUGGCCGAGGCUGUCCGCGCCCGGCGCAAGGUCAAUGGCAGCAAACAUUAA